UCAGAAACAAAACAGAAAAAAAACAUCGUAUGUGGCUGGUUUCGUACGCCGGUCGUUGUAAAUAACAGUGUUUUGGACAAUAUUUAACCGCCCUGAAGUGAAAUUUCCCACAUUCAUCCCGAAAGCAUCCCAAUAUCUUCAGCAUGAGUUUCGAUCCGACCUGGUUGAAGGAACCGCCACCGAUCGUGGAAGACACGGAAGACCUGCUGCGCGCCUUUAUUCUCGAGCCGAAAAUCCCCAUCCACGAGCCCAAACCGUACUUCGAACCGCGCCACCCCUCCUUCGACCAGCUGUACGACAUUCCGCACGCACCGAUCAGCACCCGGAUCGUGCCGGACCGCUGCCCGGAGACGGGAAAGGUGCUGGACUUUAUCGAAACGCAGGUGCAGAAUGCGGGCUCGACGGCCAAAAACUCCAUGUCGCUGCAGCGCGAACCGACCGAAUCGAUCGAUUCGGCCCGCGGUUCCGCCUCGUACUUUCCCUUCUGGCCGGGAGGGUUCGACGAGCCGGAAAGUGUGCUGGCCGGCCUAGUACCCAGCCCGCUGUUUGAGACGGAUUUGAAAUCGUGCCCGCCCGGGUUCGCUACCGGGGUUGAGUUUGAGGCACCGCCCACCGGGACGGACGGUGCGCGCGCGACGGAAGACAGCGGGAAGAGCGGUAUGGUCGAUCUGCUGUCCGCGAUUGCCAGCGAGGAAGCGUUCGUCGAGCUGCUGCCGGAAGGGCUUCAAACAAAACUGUCCACCAACGACCAGUCAACGCAGGGCACACACCAAGAACCUCUGCCGGCGGGUAUCGACGAGGAGGAGGGUCUGCUGGCGGUGACCGGUGAGCAGGAGGCCGGCGAACAGGUCCUGAAAAUUUCCACCGUCACCAACAACGCGCUCCAGAGCGCCGAGUGGGCCGAGAUGCUGGACAUUUCGAAACCGGUGGACGAUUUCUACGUGAAAAUCCCGACCAUGGCGCACCGGUUCCCGUUCGAGCUGGACAUCUUCCAGAAGCAGGCGAUCCUGAAGCUGGAAGAGCACAGCCACGUGUUCGUGGCGGCGCACACGUCCGCCGGCAAGACGGUCGUGGCGGAGUAUGCGAUCGCCCUGUCGAAAAAGCACAUGACCAAAACGAUCUACACGUCCCCGAUCAAGGCACUGUCGAACCAGAAGUAUCGCGACUUCAAGACCACCUUCCAGGACGUCGGGCUGAUCACCGGGGACAUACAGAUCGAUCCGACCGCGUCCUGCCUCAUCAUGACGACCGAGAUCCUGCGCUCGAUGCUGUACUGCGGCAGCGACAUUACGCGCGACCUCGAGUACGUCAUCUUCGACGAGGUGCACUACAUCACCGACUCCGACCGGGGGCACGUGUGGGAGGAGGUGCUGAUCCUGCUGCCCGACCACGUCUGCAUCGUGAUGCUGAGCGCCACCGUGCCGAACACGAUCGAGUUCGCCAACUGGGUGGGCAAGACAAAGAAGAAGCGCGUGUGGGUCGUCAGCACGGCCAAGCGGCCGGUCCCGCUCGAGCACUACCUGUACACCGGGUUUGGCGGCAAGUCGAAGGACGACUCGUUCCUGAUCGUGAACGCGCAGAGCCAGUUCGUGCAGGACGGGUACCGGCGGGCGAAGGAAAGCUACGAGGCAAAGCAGGCGAAAAGCACGGGCCGCCGGACCAACGGCCCCUACAGCCAGCGGCAGGAGCAAACCCUGUGGGUCGGGCUGAUCGAUCAUCUGCAGAAGAAGGAGAAGCUGCCGGUGGUUGCGUUCACGCUGUCGCGCAACCGGUGCGACAACAACGCGGAAGCGCUCAUGUCGUGCGAUCUGACGACGGCGCGCGAGAAGUACGCCAUCACGUCGUUCUUCCAGCAGUGCCUGCAGCGGCUGGUGCCGGCCGAUCGUGUGCUGCCGCAGGUGCAGCAGAUCCAGAGCUGCCUCGAGCGGGGCAUCGGCAUCCAUCACAGCGGCAUCCUGCCCAUCCUGAAGGAGAUCGUGGAGAUGCUGUUUGCCCGCGGGCUCGUGAAGAUACUGUUCGCGACGGAGACGUUUGCGAUGGGCGUUAACAUGCCCGCGCGCACGGUCAUCUUUGACAGUACGCGCAAGUUCGAUGGGCAGGCGUUCCGGCCGUUGCAGCCGUCCGAGUACACGCAGAUGGCGGGCCGGGCCGGGCGGCGCGGUCUCGACAAGACCGGCACGGUCAUCAUCCUGUGCAAGCAGAACCUGCCGCUCGAUGGCGAGCUGAAGACGAUGAUACUCGGCAAGCCGGUCCGGCUGGAGUCGCAGUUCCGGCUGACGUACGCGAUGAUGCUGUACCUAUUGCGGGUGGAGCUGGUCUCGGUGGAGAACAUGAUGCUGCACAGCUUCCGGGAGUUCGACAAGCGCCAGCAGAUGCCCCAGAGCAAGCUGGAGCUGAACCAGGUGCAGGAGAAGAUGUCCGCGCUGAGCAAGCUGAGCGAUCAUCUGCAGCCGCUGUGCGAGUUUUACGAAGCGGCCAGCGAGUACCUUAACCUUCGGAAUGAGCUGCUCCCCAAGCAACUGUGCCAACCGAAGGCAAUCAAUGAGCUUAAGGUAGGCCGCGUUGUCGUGGUAACGGACGAGCACCACUACAACAAGCUCGGCAUACUGCUCUCCGUCUCGGUGCAGUCGCACAAAGAGCUGAAGCUGGUCGUGCUGGUGCUGGAUCAUUGCGCGAGUGGCAAAACCCAGCCGGCAUCGCCGGAAACGCUCAACCGGGGACCGCUCUGGCAUCAGAUGCUGUCGCUCGCCCUGCCCUACCAAACCUUCCUGCCCGAGGGUGUCGGUGGCCACGCCGUGCUUACCCUCGCUCCGGUGAAUCUGAUCGAGCUGACCAAGCACACGAUCAAGUGCGACGCGAACGGUAUCAUCCGCAGCUGGGAGUAUCGGCUCAUACCGCGGUUCCGCGAUGCGCCCCCGUCCCAGUCGACGAUCGAGGCCGUCGCUGCGCUGGCCGAGCUGAAUGCGACGGUGGUGCAGGCCGGGUCCGUCACUGGCACGCUCGAGCUGGUUCGGUUCCCGCGCGAUCUAACCAAUCUCGAGCUAACGCAGCAGCUGCAGACAGCCCAGGGCCGGCUGAACCGUUGGCUGCCGUACACUGGGAUGGCCGAUUUCGAGCACGAGUUUGCUGUGGUGUACGAUCGCAAGCAGCUCGAACGGAAGCUGGACGAGCUCAAGUACCAGGCGUCGUACGAAAGUCUCUCGCUGUACCCGGACUACUGCCGGAAGCUGCAGGUGCUGCAGGAGCUCAAGUACAUCGACGAUAUGCAGCAAGUGGCCAUGAAGGGCCGUGUCGCUUGCGAGAUGGGCCAGAACGAGCUGAUGAUAACGGAGCUGGUGAUGCGCAACAUACUGACCGAUCUGCAGCCGGCCGAAAUCGCUGCCCUGCUCUCCAGCCUGGUGUUUCAAGCGAAAUCGGACGUCACUCCCAAGCUCACCGAGACGCUCCAAAAGGCCGAGGCACAGUUUCGCGAGGUGGAAAACGACAUCCGGCUGGUGGAGCGCCAGUACGGCGUGACGGAUGUGUGCAAAAAGGAGGAGCUCAACUUUGGCCUGACCGAGGUGGUGUACGAGUGGGCGCGCAACAAACCGUUCGCCGAAAUUAUGCUGCUGACCGACAUCAAGGAGGGCAUUAUCGUGCGCUGCAUCCAGCAGCUGAACGAGACGCUGUGCAAUGUGAAGGACGCGGCGCGCAUCAUUGGCGACCCGGUGCUGCACAGCAAGAUGGAGGAAGCGUCUAACGCGAUCAAGCGCGACAUCGUGUUUGCGGCCAGUCUGUACACCUCCAGCACACCGAUCGUGAUUGGGGAAGUGUAAUCUGUACCAGGGGAGGCGGGGGGAUCGCUUGUUGACUUAGCUGAUUUUGUAAUCGGGCAAAGGGAUGGAAAGUUAAGAAUUUUCCACUAUGUUUUUCAAAUUAA